AUUUGAUUUCGUCAUAAUACUUAGCUUUCCGUUGACUGGCUCGGAAGAGUCCUGCUGUUAUUUCGUUUUACGAAUCUCAUUAGAAAUUCAAAAUGUCUACGUACAAAUUGACUUACUUCCCAGUUAAAGGAUUGGGUGAACCAAUUCGUUUUCUCUUAAGCUAUGCUGGAAUUUCAUUUGAAGAUGAGCGUUUUGAUAGAGAUGACUGGCCAAAGAUAAAGCCUACUACUCCUUUUGGCCAAGUUCCUGUACUUGAUGUUGAUGGGAAAAAAGUAGCUCAGUCAGUAGCUAUUUCUCGUUAUUUGGCAAAAAAAUCUGGUUUAGCAGGAAAGGAUGAUUGGGAAGCUUUAGAAAUUGAUAGUAUUGUUGAUACUAUUCAUGAUGUUCGUGCAAGACUUGCUGCCUUCCACUAUGAAGAAAAUGAGGAAAUUAAAGCUGCGAAACGCAAGAUUGCUGAUGAAGUAGUACCAUAUUAUCUGGAACGUUUAGAUGCUCAAGUGAAGAAUAAUGGUGGCUACUUUGUUGGGGGUGCUCUUUCUUGGGCUGAUUUAUCAUUUGUUGCUUUGCUCGACUAUUUAAAUUUCAUGAAUGGAUCCGAUCUCAUCGAGAAAUAUGACAAUCUGAAGCAAUUGAAAGAAAAAGUUCUCAAUUUACCUGCUAUUAAAAGUUGGCUUGAUAAGCGUCCACAUUCUGAUUUCACUGUCUUGUUUGUUACAUCAAUACGUUCCACGCAUAUCUUCAAAAUGUCCACGUAUAAAUUGAUUUAUUUCAAUAUUCCUGGUCUUGCCGAACCAAUUAGAUUCCUUCUUCAUCAAAGUGGAAUUAAAUUUGAAGAUAAAAGAAUUGAUACCGAAGAAUGGCCCAAGAUUAAAUCUGAAAUGCCACUUGGACAAGUACCUAUUUUGGAAAUCGAUGGUAAAGUUUAUUAUCAAUCGAAGGCUAUUUCUCGCUUGAUCGCUAAGAGAAAUAAUUUUUACGGUUCCAAUGAUGAAGAAGCUUUCCUUGUUGAUGCUACCGUUGAGACUAUAGACGAUUUAAGACAACCAAUUACUCAACAUUAUUGGGAAAAGGAUCUUGCGUUCAAGGCAAAAUUGAAAACCAAUGUUGAUACCAAAGUUCCCUUGCUUCUCAACAAAUUGGAAGAACAAGUAAAGAAGAAUAAAGGGUACUUUGUUAAUGGAAAGUUGACAUGGGCAGAUCUUUUCUACACAGCAAUAGAGGAAUCUUUGACCGACAUGCUUGGAUAUGAUUUGAAUAAGGACCAUCCUGAAUUGAAGAAAUUGUCUGAGAAAGUAAAAUCAUUACCUAACAUCAAAACAUAUUUGAAGAAUCGACCCAAACCUAUGGUCAUACCUUAAAACGUUAUAAUUUUUUGCAUAUAUUAUUGCAUAUAUUAUAUAUAUGAAAAAAUUAUAAUUAAAUUAUGGUAUUCUUAAGAACUCGCCAGGAUUCAUUGAUUGAUUUAUUUUCUUUAUAAGUUAUUUGCAUAUAUUUUACAUUAAAUCGCGUUUGAUACAAAUUUUGCUUUAUAUUUUCGUAAAUAUAGAUAAAGUAAAUACACAAUUUUACAUAUACUUGUCAUGUAUUAUGCAAGUAUAAAAAUAAAUAAGAUUUAUACAUAUUUAAAGAAUUUUUUUUAAAUUCGAAUUCUUGAGGUGUAUGAAAAAUUUUUGUGAAAAGAGUACGGAAUGUAAAGAUAGCAAUUUAUUGAUUUAUUGACAAUAGCAUUCAAAAUUAUUUUUAAUAAAUUUUUUCCAGUUUUAUAAUAUAUUAUUUUUCUUUCAAUUUUUUAAAUUCAUUGGUGAAUCGUAAUUCACCAUAUUCAUUAAUUCAAUGGAUAAUCAUGAAUAGUACUGUUUAUUAUAAAAAUACAUAAAUUAUCUUUCAAAAAUAAAGAAUUAUCAUUUAAAUAAAAAUUAUCAAUAUAAUGAUAAUAUUAUUAUUAUAUUUUUUUUACAUUAUUAUCACAAUUAAUCACACUCACGCUGUUGCAUUUGAGGUAUUCGUUUAUUUUGAUAAAUUCUAAACAAUCUAUUUGCAGAAAAUAUAUAGCAUCGUUUAAAUAAAAUGUUCUUGAAAUAUUCUUCCGUUAACAUAACCUCAAAAAUCUUCAUUAUCUUCGAAUGAACUUCAUAAUGAACGAACGCAUAAUAAUUAUUCAGAUCAGAAUUAUAUAUUAUUCAUUCAUUUAAGAUCUUGAAAUAAUUUUCCUUGAAAAAAAACAUUAUUUUAAGCAUGUUUAAUAAUUUUGAUUAUCGAUUAUCUUGACAGAUUGAGAUAAUUUAUUAUAGAUCUACAGAUAUUUUAUAGAAUUAGAAUGUUAAUUACACUAUAUUUUUGAGAUGAUUUUCUUUGCCAAUGAUAAAAUUUGAUUGACUUUAGAAUAAUCUCAACCAUUAAAAAGAUAUUUUCAAUCUUUGAUGAUUUUCAAAUAAUUUUAAUCAGUAUAUCGUUAUCUCAAUUAAUUUUUAGUUAAUUUUCAAAUUAAAUUGAAAUUAUUAUGUAUUUAUAAUAUUAUUCGAAUUUUAUUUGUUCUUAUAUCUAGAUAAUCGUUUCUAGUAAUUUUCUUAUCAUAAUUAUUUAAUUUUUUACACAUACAUCAAAAAGAUAUUAAUAAUUACAAUAGCUUAAAUAAAUAAUAUAAAGAUUUAUUUCAAUUAAUAUUGAAUUUUGCUAAAUAUGUCUUUUUUUCUUUUUUAAUGUGAACAAUUUUAUACAAGAUGUGUAAGAUAAAAUAGGUCUGAAUAUUUCGACUAUUCCUGAUC